AUGUUGAUGCCAAUUAGCUGUGUUGAGUGCCGGAGGCGGAAGGUCAAGUGCAAUAAGCAGGUGCCUUGCAACCAGUGUUUAGUACGGAACCGACAGUGUUAUUACCCAGAAAAGUUCCGCUCCAUUCGCGUUGAUCAGUUUAUAGUAGAUGCUCCGGAAGAAGAGAAAGCAGAGGCGCUCAGCUCGGGCUUGGUGUCACCUACCACGGGCACCGUGAAGUCGGAGCCUCCCACCAUCCCUGCCAAACGAGGACCCGAAGAUGACCCCGAGGUAGUUGGAAACGUAGGGAAUGACAAGGACGAGAUAAUACAAAGCCUGCGCAAGGACAACGAGGCGUUGAAACUGAAAAUCAAAGAGCUGAAGCUGAAGUACAAACGCGAUAAACUGAAAGAGUACGACGAGGACAACGCCGCAGAGGAUUCCGGGACUUCCAAGCCGGCGGGCCCCAUGUACUAUGGUCCUAACUCGACACGGUUUAUGAUUUCGAGAGCACUUUCAAAUGCGGACGUCGGAGAGUUUGACGACUUUAUUAACGUCAAGAGACAGAUGAAGCAGAAACGACAGCUACCUAUUCUAUACGAUGUUGAUUCGGAAAAGGCCAAGUCGAUGACUGCUAAACAGAAAACACAAGAAAACAUCUCACUUAUUCGCAAGCUCGUGUGCAAGUUCUUCCACCUACGAUUCCACUACAUAAAUUACCUUGAGCAGGCGCCGUUGUUGGCCUUUCUCGACAACUACAAGAAUGCCAAAACAUGGAAGGACGAUGAUGAUACUUUGCUGCUCAUUAUCAUUAUGCUGAUUGUUGUGCUGCGCUCUGUGCCUGCGAGCGAUCCGCUCUUCCAGGAAUACAACCUUACCUACGAGCGCACGAGGCCGCUGCUGUACAAGCAGUACAGGAACCUGAAAUCGGGCAUUCAGGUCGAAACUACAACGAGUCUUCGUGCUUACAUUCUUGAGUGUGAAGAUCUUUAUUUCAACAACCAGAUAGAGAGGUCCUGGUAUCUCCUCUUCCGAAUUGUCAGUGCUGCGUACUCCCUUGGGUUACACGUUUACGAUGAGACUAUAGCCGAUACACUCAAAAAGGAAAAUAGCGAAGCUGCUCUCGACAUUGUGAAAAAAAACCAACGGGCCUCUCUGUGGUUUGUGAUCAAUUUCGUGUCUGCCACACUUUGCUCUGUUCUGGGCCGCCCGAAUCCCGUCACAUUCACGUUCCAACCCUUGUUGAGAAACUACGAGAUAAGGCUAAAUUACAAAAUUGGACUCGCAGAGUUGGUGAAGAAGUCCACCAACAUUCUAAUUGACUCAUACAAAGUCAACAUUAAUUUUGACACCAUCAUGGAAAUAGACGAGGCUUUUGUUAGCGAAAUCCUAAUCUACGAGAAAAUCCUAGCCGACACACGAGAGGUGCGAAAUUAUAAAGGACGAGACAGAUCCAAGCCCAGCUAUAUUACAUUGCCGGUCAUUGACAAAAAAGCGAGGAGGAAAAAUUCAUUUAAGUCACUGAGUCAGCUGAACUUGAACCAGCUUCUCAACAGCUGUCCUUUGGACAUCCGUUUCACGAUUUUGCGCCCUUGCGGAACUGAACCUGAAGAGAAAUUCUGCCUUCUGGAUACCGACUGCGAUACAAUCAAUGACCUUAUCAUGCUUUAUGGUAAUAGAGCUAAAUUCCACCAGCAUUUCAUGUCAAACUACCAGAAAUCGUUAGAGAGCUGUUUGGACUCGGUUUUGAAGGUUUUAGAACACGCUCAGUUGCUAGUAGAGCUACACAACAACUUCUUCCACAAGCCAUCAUUCCAUGACAUAUACCCGUUCUUCUACACUUUCUUCUACCAAACGCUGGUUGUGAUGUAUACUGUGAUGCAUUUGGGGUACAAUAAGCUAUAUAUGUACUCUGAUACCAUCGGUGCUAUUCGCCAACAGCUGUUGCACCUUUUUGAGAUCGUGGAACUCAACUACUGGAGGCCGAACGUUGUACGAAUCAUGCGGUACAUCAACGAAAUGUGCGACAACUACUUCAAGAUGCAUGCGGACGUGCAAAAGCAAAACUCCUCGGCGAACCUGAGGAACUCUGAACACAGGGCCGAACCGGGACCACAAUCUCGAGCCUCUGGAUUGUUCCAGCUGGCAAUGACCCCUAUCCAGGAGGACAGCAUACCCCUUUCUUCAAACUCCAAAAUACAGGUGCACAAUGUGCCUGACCAUCUGUCGCAUGACCAUACCAGAAUGGCCAACGUUGCAGGCCAAGACUCGCCGGAUCGUGUCCCAUUCUACAUGAGCAACAGUGGCAACUCGUUAUCUCAAAUCAGCCUGGGGAACUAUAAUCUGGACUACUAUGAUCCUAAGCAACAGCUAUUUCCGUUGCCACCACAACACAAAGGCACGGAGUACCAACCGUCGGGCGUUGACCAGCUCGACUCGUCUAUAACGGUCGAUCCGCUGCUGGGCUUCGACCUGAGCGAUCCCUUCUUUAUUCAGAACCCUUCCAACUUCAACUACUCAGCUCCGAUAGAUCAGGAUAAAGAUUCGGACAGCGACGCGCCGCUGACCGUACGGCCCAAAAAUACGAGAUUCAAUUCCAACGACUCUAACGACUUCACCAACUAUCUCUCGGCUAGUCAUAAUAGCCGAGGUAAUAGCUUCUAA